UCCGAUUGACGCUGGCGUUGAACCGAAGCCUUCCGCUCCGCACCCAACAAUCACACGGUCAAGAGCCAAGCGAAAUCUAUCAAAAGUCGCUCAAAAUGGUAGAACACUCCAAAACUGUGCGCGGGACUUUCUCCAACCCGAAGUACAAAGCAUCCUCGAUACCCCCUCAGCUGGGGGAUCCAGUAUCGCUCCAGCGGGAUAAAUACGAUCCUGUCAAGUCAGAUUCCAGGAAGGGCUCAAACAACGUGAAAACUACGUAUGAGGUGAACCGAAGCAUGCUGGGGGACCCAGUGAGCUUGAAAGCGGAAACGAGCAGCAGUAACUUCGAUUUGGGCGCAGAAAGGUCUGGAACUGAGAAAAAUAUAGUGGAACAACGAGGUGAUAAGGGCAAGAGUAAAUUGUAA